AAAAGCACCCAAUCGCGAAGAAUCGAUUGCCCAAGAAUCUCAAAUUCCCCGAAUCAAUUCCUACUCCCCUGAAAACCCCAAAAAUCGAGUCUUUCGAUUUCAAUUGGGCGUUUGUGGUUAUUCUGGGGAACUGGGUUUGAGCUUCUGGAUGAUUUCGGCGACUUGAUGGUGACGCUCACCGGUUCUAUAUCGGCUUGGAUCCAUCAUUUUCUUGCUUGUAUGGGUGGUUGUUUUGGAUGCUGCACUAAACCGACACCGAUUAUUGCUGUGGAUGAGCCUUCAAAGGGAUUGAAAAUCCAAGGGCGGACGGUGAAGAAACCUGGCAUAGAUGAUGAUUUUUGGAGCAGCAGUACGUAUGACUUGGACAACAGCGCGUUGCAAUCACAGAGAAGCCUCUCAUCCAUCAGCACCUUGCACCAGACCCUCCUCCAUGGGAGCAGCGCUGGUAGCACGAGCAGCCAGCCGGACUUUAUCAAUCAAGGUCUUGUUCUCUGGAACCAAACUAGGCUCGAAUGGACUGGAAGCGGCAAGCCUAAAAAUGAAGCUCUAAGAAGUCGGGAGAGCAGAUUAAGUUGGAAUUCAACUUAUGAGAGAUUGGUUGGACCUAAACAGAGACAGCCUUUUCCCCAGCGCGUUCCUUUGUCUGAAAUGAUAGAAUUUCUAGUGGAAGUAUGGGAGCAGGAGGGCUUGUACGAUUAAGCAAUCAUCAGAAUCUGCAUUUUAAUGUCAGGAAGAUGGUUCAUCUUUGUAAAUCUCAGAGGUUGGCGUGUAUAGCUGGGGCAAAGGAGGAAUUAAAGCUACGAAGAUAUAUCUUAAUUGUAAUAUUACACUGAUAUUUUCCAUCUUUGUUUUGCCCCCCUUUUGACAUUGUAUGCACCAUGGAUAUGUUGAACAUGCUCAGUGCCACGUUUAGCUGAAACAUACAAAAGCAGUUGCCUUUGCUUGUGUGAAUACUAAAGUUAAUAGGUUCUACAAUAUACAAUGGUGCUCGUUAUAUCGUA